AUAGCUGGGUUGAUGUAUGCAUGAACAUGCACCAGCUUCAGCGUCGGUACGGAUGAGGUCAAGUCAAGGUCAAGUCAAGGUCGCGCUUGUUCGCGUCCGUCAACUCGAUCAAUUGUACUUUCAAGUUUCACAAGUUCACAACCGCGUGCUCUCGUCGCGAGUCGAAACCUGCCUCCACCUGCCCAGAAUCUCCUAUCAUACGGAGGGUGACCCCUCACUUCAGGAGGCCAGCCGUCGCGUGUCAUGCCACAAACAUUCUAUGUAGAUGCACAACACCAAGCAGGCGAGCCCUGCAUCAUCUCAAAAGACGGAGUAGACCGCCAAGCAUUCAUUCUAGAACGUCGUCCCCAAGAAGUCUACGUCCAUUACGCCGACACAGACAAACGGCUAGACGAAUGGAUCCUCGAAACUUCCCUGAAACCUUCAGGAGACUCUGAUAUCGACAUGUCUAAUUCGUCUGCUGGACCUAGUAGUCGAAAGAGAAAGAGAGGCUCAGUGGACAGAGAUGUCCUUGUUGAGUCGAGGGCCAGCUCGGAGGUACGCCAGGAUGGAGAAGGUGUCGCAGUGGACGCAGCGGGUAUAACUAUAACGGAAGAAGAGUACGACAUCGAACAUCACAAGCAGAUCACCGCAAGGAGGAAUUUCGACAAGGUGAAUUUUGGACGGUGGCAAAUCAAGACUUGGUACUUUUCGCCGUACCCUCUGACGGAGACAGAGAUCGAGGAACAGGUCUCUACUCCCGGCUCACACGGUGGUCCUUCAACACCUCGUAUUCCAGGAGUAGCCCGCUCAAGUCUGCGCUCGCAUGGCCGAACCUCCGACAUACUUGCAGGCGGGUUAGGUCGAAGCCACGGAGCAGGAGAGAAAUCCAUGCUGUGGGUAUGCGACAAGUGUUUCAAGUAUAUGGCAGAAGGAGUUUCCUGGGAGUUACAUGUUAAAAAGUGUAGUCGAAGACACCCGCCAGGUCGUAAAGUCUAUCAACGGGGUGCGCAUACAAUCUGGGAAGUUGAUGGCGCGAAAGAGAAGUUGUAUUGUCAGAACUUGUCGCUUUUCGGCAAGCUAUUUAUUGACAUCAAGACUCUUUUCUUUGAUUGCGACAAUUUCCUCUUUUACAUCCUCACCGACGCCGACUCACAACGAGACCACGUCCUCGGCUUCUUUUCCAAGGAAAAAGUUUCCUACGACGAUUACAACCUCGCAUGCAUCGUCGUCCUCCCACCCUACCAAAGGAAAGGCUACGGCAUGCUCAUGAUCGAGUUCAGCUACGAACUCUCCCGCCGCGCCGGCAAAGUCGGGACUCCCGAACGACCAUUAUCCGAUCUCGGCCUAAGGAGUUACCUGACAUACUGGAUUUCCACUAUCGUACGGUUCCUCCGACGAUUACUCUCGGUGCUUCCACCGAACAUGCCCAAGGUUAUAACAGCUGGUAACGGAACAGAAGACGUCUUCCUUUCAUCCUCUCCCUCCCGAGACCCCGAAGACAACGCAGCCCCACCGAAGAUGAAGAGGAGGAAGAGCGUAAAGGGGUGGGACGGCGAAGUGAUGAAAGCAGAUCUCGCACUUCGUGUGGCUCAAAUGAACGACGACUCUGAUCCGAUAUUCACCUCAAUGCGAACGAUCGAGACGACACCAAACCCAGAUGGAAGCUCAACCUCACACGUCGUUGUCAGGUGUACCUUGGCAGACAUCGCCAGAGCAACUGGUCUUCGAGUAGAAGACGUAGCCUUUGCUAUGAAUGAAUGCGGCUUAUUGGUAAGGCGACAGAAGGCUGAGGGCGAGGAGAUGGAGGAGACUAUUGUUAUUUCGAGAGAGAUGGUGGAGCUGGUUGCGAAAGAGAGGAACAUCAAGAAGAUGUGUAUGGACCUUGCCCAUGUAUUGUUAUAGUUGUACAGAAAUAGACUAUCCUGAUAUUCA